ACUUUAGGUUCCACAACAGCAGGAGAGGGUCUCAGUUUCUUCAUUGUUCCUGAGGAUACACCUGAAGAGGAGCACACUUCACUUCCACAGCACGUACACAGUUUUUGAAGAAACAUGGCACUUGCAGGACACCUGAAGCACGAUGACAUUGCAACAGCUAUCCAGGCUUGCCAAGCCCCAGGGUCUUUCAACUACAAUACGUUCUUUGAACAAGUGGGGCUGAUAGGUAAAGCCGCUUCAGAUGGCGAGAAGGUGUUCAAGGCCCUGGACCAGGACAAGAGUGGAUUUAUUGAAAAAGAGGAGCUGAAACGCUUCCUUCAGAACUUCUGCCCGAAGGCCAGGGAGCUCACAGAGGCCGAGACCAACACUCUCUUGGCAGCUGGGGACAGCGAUGGAGACGGCAAAAUUGGCAUGGAAGAAUUCUGCGCCUUGCUGAAAUGAAAAUGUGGUGAAUGUCUUGACUGACUUGAACUUCAUUUCAUGAUUCUCUCUUAUUUAUUUGCAUGCAUGAUCUUAAUUAUUAAAAUAUGUUUAGUAAGUCUUUGUAGUAAAUGUGCAAAUCAUGUUUUGGAAACGGUUCAAAACUUGCUUCUGUAUCUAUAGUGAUCAUACAAUAUGAAACUGCUUAAUAAAAUAAAAUCUCCAAAUGCGGGGAUUCUUUUAUCCUG